GCCUCUCUGGAAGGGAUGGGAAGGAGUUGCAGUCUCUGCCGGUGGCGGGAGGGCCUAGGGGGAAGAGCUCUGAGGUUUGCAAUAGCCGUGGAGCCGCCCUGGGGGAGCCUCCGGCCGCGGAGACCCCCCCGACCCGACCUCCUCCCGUUGCAGGUGCCUCCAGACCAACGGGACCCGCGGCUGCCCCAACUGCCGCCGCUUGUCGGUGAAGCCCGGCUACGUCUAAGCGCCCGCGGGCCCGGCCGGGGACGGACGGAGCCGCUCCCGGGCCCCCUCAGGCUGUGCCUGGCGUGGGCGUCCUCGGCCUCCCCUGCGCGGGGCCGGCUCACGGCUCGGCCCCACCCCCUUCCCCCUCGCUGCUGUGUACGGGCACUGGCUGUAAUAAAGGCUUUCUCCGGGAGACCACCCCGUCUGCCUCCAGCGCCGGGUUCCGGGCACCGCCCGCGCCCCGCCCCGCCAUGGCGUCGCCGCCAUCACUCAGCAGGUUUGGGGGCGGCACGUGAUCCGCCGGCCGCUCCCCGCCCCGCCGGCAGAUUCGGCACGGCCGCGGGCGCCGCGGGCCGCGAUCGGGGAGCCGGUGGCUGCUCCGGGGGAGGGGAGGGUGCGCGGAACCCCCGGGCCGCCCGUCCCGCCCGUGGCGCUGCCCCCGCCCUGCGCCGCCCGGAACCGCAGUGCGGAAUCUGCCGCGCCGAACCCGCCGCGCCGUGCGCGCACCCGCGGGCCGGCGGAAAGAUGGCGUCGGUCUGGGAUGAGUCGGAGGACGGCGUCGGCGAGGAGGUGCUGAAGAUGUCCACGGAGGAGAUCGUGCAGCGCACCCGGCUCCUCGACAGCGAGAUCAAGAUCAUGAAGAGUGAGGUACUGAGAGUGACCCACGAGCUCCAGGCCAUGAAAGACAAAAUCAAAGAAAACAGUGAAAAGAUCAAAGUGAACAAAACCCUGCCAUACCUUGUCUCCAAUGUUAUUGAGCUGCUGGAUGUUGACCCAAAUGACCAGGAGGAGGAUGGAGCAAACAUUGACCUGGAUUCCCAGAGAAAGGGCAAGUGUGCUGUGAUCAAGACCUCUACACGUCAGACAUAUUUCCUGCCUGUUAUUGGGUUGGUUGAUGCUGAGAAGUUGAAACCUGGAGAUCUGGUGGGGGUGAACAAAGACUCUUACUUGAUCCUGGAGACUCUGCCUACAGAGUAUGAUUCACGGGUGAAGGCCAUGGAGGUGGAUGAGAGGCCCACCGAGCAGUACAGUGACAUCGGGGGGCUGGAUAAACAAAUCCAAGAGCUCGUGGAGGCCAUUGUCCUGCCGAUGAAUCAUAAGGAGAAAUUUGAAAAUUUGGGUAUACAGCCACCCAAAGGAGUCCUUAUGUAUGGGCCUCCAGGAACAGGGAAGACACUUCUAGCUCGAGCAUGUGCUGCCCAGACCAAGGCCACGUUCCUGAAGCUGGCGGGUCCACAACUCGUGCAGAUGUUCAUUGGCGAUGGAGCAAAGCUGGUACGCGAUGCUUUUGCUCUCGCGAAGGAAAAAGCUCCUUCCAUCAUCUUUAUUGAUGAACUAGAUGCCAUUGGCACUAAAAGGUUUGAUAGUGAGAAGGCCGGUGACCGGGAGGUGCAGAGGACCAUGCUGGAGCUGCUUAAUCAACUUGAUGGUUUCCAGCCCAACACACAAGUCAAGGUGAUUGCUGCAACCAACCGGGUUGAUAUCUUGGACCCAGCUUUGCUCCGCUCUGGACGAUUAGAUCGAAAGAUUGAGUUCCCAAUGCCUAAUGAAGAGGCCAGAGCCAGAAUUAUGCAGAUUCAUUCACGCAAAAUGAAUGUCAGCCCUGACGUAAACUAUGAGGAACUGGCUCGCUGCACAGAUGAUUUCAAUGGAGCCCAGUGCAAAGCUGUGUGUGUUGAAGCGGGGAUGAUUGCCCUCCGCCGUGGAGCUACAGAGCUCACCCACGAGGACUACAUGGAAGGAAUCCUGGAGGUUCAAGCAAAGAAAAAAGCCAAUCUGCAGUACUAUGCCUGAUCCCUGCCCAGUCAAGUUUGUGGCCUUGGCAGAGGACAGGAAUAGACUGGACUGUAUCACUUACUUUCUGUCUGGAAAAAAUAAAGCAUUUUUUCCCCUUUAAAAACAAA